GAUGACAGUGGGCGAGUGAUUACUGCAGAAAGCGAGAAGCCUUCGCUGAUUUUGCUUGCUUAUAAUAGUCGAUAUUCGGAUGCGUUGCUGAAAUAUGGUGCCGAUUCGCGUUCAGGUACAUUGCCAGCAGCUAUCGAAGAAACACUGCGAAAUACGAAGGGUUUGAAUUUGCUGUUUGUUUUAGAGUCUUCAGAAGCAUCAAGUCUCACAUAUGGUACCGCCGUCCAUUAA